AUAAAUAAAUAAAAUCUAAAAAAAAAAAAUGUAGGCAACCAUGUAAAAUAAAGCUGGAUACCCUUAAGAAAAAAAAAAAAAGAACGGAUCAUCGUGGGUUACAGUGGAGACAGGGAGCCCAUUAGGAAGCUGCAGUAGGGUUCUAGAUGAGAGGUGGUGACAGCUUGGACUCGAAUUCUAACUAUGGGAGUGGAGGUGAGGGGAGCAGAUUCCAGAGAUGGCAGGAGUGGGUGGCUGAGUGGAUGUGGGGGUAACGGAGACAGAGGCAUCCAGGAUGAUUCCUAGUUUCUGUAUUGAACAACUGGGUAAAGAGGGGGUGGGGCUGCCACAGAGAGGUUGACUGGGGAGAGUCAAGUUUGAGAAGGAAAUUGGUGGAUUCAGCUUGGGGACCUCAAACUCAGCACAUCCCCAGUAGCCCACUCUGCAUUGUCACUCAACUUCCAGGGAGGUGACAAGCAGGCAGUUGGCUAUAGAGGCCUGGUGCUCAGAAGAGCCGUUUGGGCAAGGAAGAGAUAAGCAAGUUGGCAACAUUUAGAUGGCAUUGAGGUGUGGGAGAUGUACCCAGACCAAGAGUGAGGAGGCUGAGGCCCAUUCUGGGAUGAUGAGAAAGACAGAUCUCCUGUGGGAAAAUAAAAUGUCCAGCCAGAGAGAGAUAGGUGGAAAACCAGGAGCAUGUUAUUGCCUCUUGAAAUUCAAGGGCUCAAAGAAGAGGAAGAGAGCCACAGAGUGAAAAGCUUUACUCAGAUCAAGCAUGAUAAGGACUACGCCUUGGACACUGGAUUCAGCAACAGGGAAGUCACUGACCAGUCAGGGGAGUGGUGGGUGUGGAAGGUGGACCAGGGUGGGAAGAGAACUGGCUGGUCAUGGAGAGGAAAUCGAGGUAGACAUCUCUUCGAGAAAUUUGACUCUGAAAAGGCCAAAUGGAACCAUGGGUGGGGUCGCUGGAAAGACAUGUGGGGUCCACAGAAGGGUCAUUUCAUUUUGGAGUUAUUAAAGUCAACUUUAUAUUAAAAUAUACCUACAGAGAGGGUGCAUGUCCUAAGUGUACAUCUCAACCCAUUUUUCACAAGGGAACACACCCACAUAGGAUCAGAAAAUAGAACCCAGAUUAGGAAAUACAGAACAUUACCAGCACCCUGGAAGCCCCCUUGGGCCCCCUUCCAGUAACUACUCCCAAAGGGUAACUAGUAUUCAGACUUCUAUCGCCAUAGAUGUGUUCUGCCUGUUUUUGAACUUUCAUAUCAAGGGAACCGUACACAUGUCCUCUCUUGUGGUCUUGCUUCUUUAUGUCUGUAGGAUUCAUCCAUAUUGCUGUGUGCAGUUAUAUAUUGUCCAUUCUUUUUGCUGUAUAGGGUUCCAUUAUCUACAGAUGGGCAUUUUGGUAGUUGCCAGGGUUGUUUUCAUUUUUUAUGUGGAAGUGACUUGAGCUUGUUUGAGGCUUGUGGAGAAAGUCUGAAACACUCAUCAUCUGUGAGAAGGAAGAAAGAUGAGGAGGGCCACACAGGAGGGUUUCCCCAGGUGGGAAAUGAGAGCCUGGGUGAGCUUGAGAGAAUCGCUCUGUGGUUCCAGCUCAGUUCCAGCAGGUGCAGGCACAGAGAAGGCAGGGAGGUGGGUUGCCCAGCAGUGCUUCCUGCCAGGUAGGAGAGAAGCACAGAGUGCUCGGGAUAUUAGCAGCAGUGAGUGAUGCAGUGGUGGCUGCGGAUCUAGGCUGGGGAGAAGGAUGUGCAGGGAAGAGAAGGUGGGAGGGAGCUGGCAGAGAGAAAGGAAGCUGGGACCAAUUGUGAGCUCUGUGCAGGAUGGUGUCUGUGAAAUUCUGGGCUGUAUCUCCAGUGACUGACACAUGCUUGGCACGGAGUUGUCACUCAGUGAAUAGGUGAAUAAAUGAGCUGAGGGCUCAAGAGGUCUCAGGUAGAAGACAGGGAAGGUGGAGGUGAUGGAGAGAGACUUAAGGUUGGAGUCACUGUGGUUGCGAUUUAGGAAAGGGGCAUUCCAGAGCCAGGGGUGUUCCCUUGGAGGGUGGCUGAAGGGAGCAGGAAGGCCAGUGUUGGGCAGGCAAUGCACAGGAAUACCUAGUUGCUAGUGUAGGGUGCACAGCACCAGGUCUUCAAGGAGAGAGAGGAGGUUAAGCACUUCUCAAACUGGGGUUUCUUGGGCAUCUUGCAUCUGAAUCUGUAGGGGAGUGGUGGGCUUGUUGGAAAUGCUGAUCCCUGGGCCCACCCCCAGCCUCUCAGGGAGAAAGUAAGCAGAACUGAGCAUCAGGGAGCAGGAGUAUUUAUGGGAUGAGGGAGCACCCAGCCCUUCCAAUGCCCACUAGUCCCUGGGCAUGGUAGCCUCUAUUUAGGCUCAAGGUGGAUGAAGGAAAUUCAAGGAAAAAAUACUGGCGGCGGGAAAGGGCCAACACCAGGGAGAUUCAAUCAUGUGAGCUGGUGGCCAGAAGGAGGGGGCCUCAUUCUAGGAUGCAGCUUCUACUAGAGAGGAGGCCCUGGCUGGGAAGUGGGACCUGAUCCUCUUCCCUAGGGUCUGGGGGUGCCAGGGAGUGUGCCUAGAAUGAGCACCCCCUCUGUGAAUGGGGGCUGUGUGACUCUGUACCCAGUUCCUUCUUUGCUUCCUUCUUUUUUUUUUUUUUUAAAGAUUUUAUUUAUUUAUUUGACAGAGAGAGACACAGCGAGAGAGGGAACACAAGCAGGGGGAGUGGGAGAGGGAGAAGCAGACUUCCCGUGGAGCAGGGAGUCCUAUGCGGGGCUCGAUCCCAGGACCCUGGGAUCACGACCUGAGCCGAAGGCAGACGCUUAACGACUGAGCCACCCAGGCGCCCCUUCUUUGCUUCCUUCUUGAGGCAGCAACACAUAAUAUGAGCUUUGUCCAGUCCCACACUUUAGCCCCUCUCUCUUCUCAGCCUCCCAGACCCCUCAUGCUGGUGCCCGACUCUGCCCUCCAUUGGCAUAGACCCUCCACUCCGCACCCACAGCCCUUCCAGUCUUUACAUACUCAGAACCCCAAUUCCCAGCCCUCUGUGUGCUCAGUCCUCUCUCAGAACCCCUCUACAGCCACUCUAUGAGACCCUUAUUCUAACUGCAUCCAAUCCAGCCUCCACUCAGGGUCUUCAUUCUGUUUAUCCCUCCUUAUUCACCGCCGCGCUCAACUCCCUUUACCCAAGCGCCUAACCCCACCCGAGAGGAUCCACUUCAGUUUCCUCCCCCAAGGGAACCCCCAGGCACCUCUCCCAGAGGCCGGCCAGUCCCCGGGCCCGGUGCCCCCCUUCCCCCCCCCGCCCCCCGGUCCAGCCGGUCCCGCCCCAUCCCGGCGGGCUGAGUCAGGCGGCAGGAACUGGGCGGGGGGCGGCGCCGGGAGGAGCUGAAGCCGGAGCCGGAGUCGCUGGGAGCGAGCGCGGAGCCCAGCUCGGCCAGCACCUAGUGGCCCUGGGCCUGUGGGGACACAGGGGCGGGAGGGCAAGCGCAGGGGGUGGGGAGCUGUCCUGGACCUACCAUGAGUGCCAAGAAGAGAGGGAGCCCCGCGCGGACUCAUUCCAUGAUGUCCCUGUCGGUGCGGCCGCAGCGCCGCCUGCUCAGCGCCCGGGUCAGUAGGAGCCAGUCCUUCGCAGGCGUCCUCGGCAGCCACGAGCGGGGGCCCAGGAGCUUCCCGGCCUUCAGUCCCCCAGGGCCCCCGCGGAAACCCCCAGCGCUCUCCCGAGUCUCCAGGAUGUUUUCCGUGGCGCACCCAGCCCCUAAGGUCCCGCAGCCGGAGCGGCUGGACCUGGUGUACACUGCGCUCAAGCAGGGCCUGACGGCCUAUUUGGAAGUGCACCAGCAGGAGCAGGAGAAACUCCAGGGACAGAUUAGGGAGUCCAAGAGGAAUUCCCGCCUGGGUUUCCUGUAUGACUUGGACAAGCAAGUCAAGUCCAUUGAACGCUUCCUGCGACGGUUGGAGUUCCAUGCCAGCAAGAUUGACGAGCUGUAUGAGGCAUACUGUGUCCAGCGACGUCUCCGGGAUGGUGCCUACAACAUGGUCCGUGCCUACAGCACUGGGUCUCCGGGGAGCCGCGAGGCCCGGGACAGCCUGGCUGAAGCCACUCGAGGGCAUCGCGAGUACACAGAGAGCAUGUGUCUGCUGGAGAGUGAGCUAGAGGCACAGCUGGGCGAGUUCCAUCUCCGGAUGAAAGGGCUGGCUGGCUUCGCCAGGCUGUGUGUGGGCGAUCAGUAUGAGAUCUGCAUGAAAUAUGGGCGGCAGCGCUGGAAACUACGGGGCCGAAUUGAGGGUAGCGGAAAGCAGGUGUGGGACAGUGAGGAAACCGUCUUUCUUCCUCUGCUCACGGAAUUCCUGUCCAUCAAGGUAACAGAACUGAAGGGUCUGGCCAACCACGUGGUUGUAGGCAGUGUCUCCUGUGAGACCAAGGACCUGUUUGCUGCCCUGCCCCAAGUUGUGGCUGUGGACAUCAAUGACCUUGGCACCAUCAAGCUCAGCUUGGAAGUCACAUGGAGCCCCUUCGACAAGGAUGACCAGCCCUCAACCGCUUCCACUGUCAAUAAGGCCUCCACAGUCACCAAGCGCUUCUCCACCUAUAGCCAGAGCCCACCAGACACACCCUCACUUCGGGAACAGGCCUUUUACAAUAUGCUGAGGCGGCAGGAGGAGCUAGAGAAUGGGACAGCAUGGUCCCUAUCAUCUGAAUCUUCAGACGACUCAUCCAGCCCCCAGCUUUCAGGCACUGCCCGCCACUCUUCAGCCUCCAGGCCUCUGGUGCAGCAGCCUGAACCUCUGCCCAUUCAAGUCGCCUUCCGUAGGCCUGAGACCCCCACCUCUAGGCCCAUGGAUGAAGAGGGCGCCAUGGCCCCAGCCCUGGCCAAUGGGCAUGCACCCUACAGCCGGACUCUGAGCCACAUCAGUGAGGCCAGUGUGGAUGCUGCCUUGGCUGAGGCUUCAGUGGAGGCUUUGGGUCUAGAAAAUCUAGCUCAGGGACCUAGCCUGCCUGCCCACCCAGAUCCCACCCAUGGGGAGCAACCUGGUCCUGUCCCUCCUGCCGUGGACCCUUGCCAUUCUGCCAUAGGCCCCACCCUCAGUACAACCGGCCCUGCCCACACAUCUACAGAUCCUGCCCUGUCUGCACAUCUAGACUUGGUUCACAAGGUCACAGACUCUAGCUCUUCUGAACUGCCAGGCCCCGCCCACACCACUACAGGCUCAACCUAUAAUGCCAUUAGCCCUAGCCACAGUGGUCCAAGCGCCGCGCAGCCUACCACAGGUUCCACCCACAAGCCCACAGUCUCUACCCCCUCAGCUACAGGCUCCACCCCGAGUACCACAACCCCAGUCCAGACCACCCCAAGACCCACUGGUGAAGCAAUGCUUUCCGCCCUCACUACUGUAGGUCCUACCCCCAAUACUACAGGCCCCGUCCAGACUACCACAAGCCCUGUCCACACUGCCGCAAGCCUGACCCAUGCCACUACAAGCCCCACCCACACUACUGCAAGUUCCACCCAUUCCACCGCAAGCCCCACCCACACUACAGCAAGCCCCACCCACACUACGGCAAGCUCCACUCAUGCCACUGCAAGCCCCACCCACACAACAGCAAGCCUCACUCAUGCCACUACAAGCCCCACCCAUGCCACUGCAAGCCCCACCCACACUACCACAAGCCCCCCCAGUACUAUUGCAUGCCCCCCCCAUACCACUACAAGCCCUACUCACAAAGCCAGGAUGUCAACUCAAACUGCUACAAGCCCUACCCCCAAAGCUAAGGGCCCAGUCCAGACCACCAGGAGCCCCACCCAUCCUGUCGCAAGCCCCACCCUUCUAAGUGUAAGCUCUUCCACUUGUCUAGACCAUGCCGAACUUCCCAGCCCCUCUACAAACACAGACCCCACCCUCCCAGGUACCCACACCCUGUCCUGCAGCUACCCAGCCUCCACUCCCUGCACUCAGGCAGACCCCACAGCCCCCAGUACCUCCUACCCAUGUCCCGCCUCAUCCAGUUGGGAACCCCUCACAAGUCCUUCCCCAGACCCCCGAGAGCCCAUCCUUCGGAGCCCAAGUCCCCCUCCCUCACCUCUAGCCCCUGUGCCCCAGCAUUUAGACCUUAGCCCGGCCGUGGCCACCCCGGCCUCAGUUCCAGGGGCAGCUGGAGGGGCUGGGGAUAGGAGGCUGGAAGAGGCCCUGGGGGCCCUAAUGGCUGCUCUGGAUGACUAUCGUGGCCAGUUCCCUGAGCUGCAGGGCCUGGAGCAGGAGGUGACCCGGCUGGAGAGUCUGCUCAUGCAGAGACAAGGCCUGACUCGCAGCCGGGCCUCCAGCCUCAGUAUCACUGUGGAACAUGCCCUGGAGAGCUUCAGCUUCCUCAACGAGGAUGAAGAUGAAGACACGGAUGGUCCUGGAGACAGGCCCCCAAACAGCCUGGAGCCUGGGGCUGAGGACAGCCUCGACUUGCCCAGUGCCCGCCCCCUCAGCACGGAGUGUCCAGCCCUGGACGCUGCCUUGGUCCAGCACCUAUAUCACUGCAGCUGCCUCCUGCUGAAACUGGGCACAUUUGGGCCCCUGCGCUGCCAGGAGGCAUGGGCCCUGGAGCGGCUGCUGAGGGAGGCCAGAGUGCUGGAGGCCGUAUGCGAGCUUAGCAGGCGAUGGGAAAUCCCUGCCACCUCUGCGCAGGAAGUGGUGCAGUUCUCAGCCUCCCGGCCCGGCUUCCUAACCUUCUGGGACCAGUGCACAGAGGGACUCAGCCCCUUCAUCUGCCCUGUGGAGCGAGUGCUCCUCACCUUCUGCAAUCAGUACAGUGCCCGUCUCUCCCUGCGCCAGCCGGGGCUAGCUGAGGCUGUGUGUGCCAAGUUCCUGGAAGAUGCCCUGGGGCAGAAGCUGCCCAGGAGGCCCCAGCCAGGCCCUGGAGAGCAGUUCACAGUCUUCCAGUUCUGGAGUUACGUCGAAGCCUUGGAUAGCCCCUCCAUGGAGGCCUAUGUGACUGAAACCGCUGAGGAGGUGUUACUGGUGCGGAAUUUGAACUCAGAUGACCAAGCUGUUGUGCUGAAGGCCCUGAGGUUGGCGCCCGAGGGGCGGCUGCGAAAGGAUGGGCUUCGGGCCCUCAGCUCCCUGCUGGUCCAUGGCAACAACAAGGUCAUGGCUGCUGUCAGCACCCAGCUGCGGAGCCUGUCACUGGGCCCUGUCUUUCGGGAACGGGCCCUGCUGUGCUUCCUGGACCAGCUCGAGGAUGAGGAUGUACAGACGAGAGUGGCUGGCUGCCUGGCCCUGGGCUGCAUCAAGGCUCCUGAGGGCAUUGAGCCCCUGGUGUACCUGUGCCAAACGGACACGGAAGCCGUGAGGGAAGCUGCUCGGCAGAGCCUGCAACAGUGUGGGGAAGAGGGGCAGUCUGCCCACCGACGGCUGGAGGAAUCACUGGACGCCCUGCCCCGCAUCUUUGGGCCUGGCAGCAUGGCCAGCACGGCAUUCUAAAUUCCCUCCCUCCCCGCUGGCUCCCAGUGCCCCUUCCCCUCACUUUCAGGGCUUAUCAGGCACUGGCAGGGAGGGUGAGGGCUGGCUCCAGACCCCUCUCCCCCACAGAUUCCCAUCAGUGAAAAUCUAAUAUAUUCUUCCGUUGCCCUUGGGUUGGCAGUCAGUGCCUGCAGUCAAGUGCCUCCCAGCCUCGGCUCAGCACACUUGCCACAAAUCAGUGUCCCACCACAUCCCUUGGUUUUAUAUUUUAUUUACAGAGUUUUACAGAAAAUAAAAAAGCAAAAUGCCUUUCCUACA